AUGGCUAUGAAGACCACCGUUGCUGAUGGCGUCCGCCGCAGCCUCCGACGACGUCACAAGAUGCAGAUGCUCAGUACCCUGAAGAUGCGCAAGCCCAAGUCAGCCACCAUCCUGGCCGCAGCCAGGAAGGCAAAGAACGAGCGCCGCCAGGCCACUAAGAAGCAACAACAACAGCAGCACGAAGGUGCAGGUGCCUUUGGCUGCUUUGCUGCCUCACCCGGCUCAACCACGUCGACGUGUGAACAUCCCAAGACGCCAAUGGCCGAUAUACAUGCGCAGACACUCUCCCUUCCGCAAGCUGGCAACACAGACGGUCAGCAUUACAUCUUCGGCCGCUACUUCGACGAGAACGAUCGGUCAGCUGCCGAUAUCCUGGCCACCCUUUACUACAGCGGUGUCCUGGAUGGCAAGUCGCCGGCAUCAUCAUGUCCCGGCAUUCGGGGCGUAUCUGGCUCUCCUCCCUUGUCUCCUCGGUCUGCUCUCGCCAUCAGCGGAGACAGCGUCAAGGUCUGCGAUGUGGCUCUGCCUAGCAUGCGGCAGACGAGCAUCAUGCUGAAGAACUGGCACGCGGAGUCCCAGAAGACCCGCGGCAUCAGCACGGUGGAUAUCGUCCACGACGAUAACACGGACGAUAUUGGUAGUAUGGACGUCGAUCCCGACAUGGACGGCGAGGCCGACUCAACCUACCCAUCGACGCCAGAGCUGUCGUCUGGUGGCAGCAGCGCGCGUUCCUCCUUCUCGACGGAGCCCGCCUCCGGCCACUGGAAUUCCCUGUUCAAGGUCUCCGAUGCCUCCAAGACCUGCAAGACCCCGUUUCCCAUGUCUCCUUACUCGCUCGUCUCGCGCGGUAUCUCUCCCGCGUCGCUGCCUCCUCCGGCAUACACGGCUGCCGAGCUGAAUACAGCCAGCGAGCAGAAGACAGCCCCGACUUCCUCAACUGUCACCACUGCUUCUCCCUACAGCGUCCUGCAAAAACAACCCUUCUCCACCUAUGAGCCAAGCUACUUCUCCUCGGAGACCCGCUCUUCCACGGCUGAUCGCGGCAUGCCAUCUCCGCCUCAGUCUCCCACCUACUCCGGCCGGAGAACCGAAUACUGCUUCCGCACUGGCCAUGUUGCCUCGCCGCCACCCACCUAUGAGGCGGCCAUGCAACAGCAGAAACAGCAACAGCAACAGCAAACCACCCCUUCUUUUCAGCAGACUUCUGUCCAGCAGCCCCCCUUCCAACAGUAUCAAUUUCAAAAUUACCACCAGCAACAACAACAACACCUUCCAUCGCCUCAUGAUGCUUUUGCUGCUUCCGCCUCGACUUCAACCCUCCGUCCGACCGACAACAUUGCCACGACCGUUGUGACACUCCCCUCUGCCGGGUUUUCCCGAGGGCCUCCGACGCCUAUAUCGCCUUUGGCUGGCCCCCACAAUCUCUACAACACGCACAGCCACCAAACCCUUCCGGCAGCGGCAACGUUGAUGGCACCGACAAUGGGCGCAACGCCUGGUGCCGACAGCAGCAAAAAGGAGCGGCAGCUCAGCCGUACAGGCGGGCUAUCUGGAAGGAAGUCUGGCGACACAUCGGUGCCGCGGCCACAUUGCAACGUCAAGUACGAGACGGCUGAGCUAGACUUUAUCAUGUACCAGCGCUGCACCAAGAACAGGGCUUGGGAUGAUGUGACGGCCUCGUUCAACGCUGCUCUGCCGCGCCUGCGCCAGUAUGCUGAAAUGGACUACCUGCGGAUGAGCGGGGCCAACGGUGUCAUGGGCAACCCAGUUGGCACGCCCGAUGCCAAAGCUGUCAUGGACCGCUACCGGCCGCGCCCAGAACGCACGACGCCAGGCCUGCAGGCAUCUUACUAUCGCCAGAGACUGGCUCUGCCGCUGCUCGACGAGGCUGGCCGUCUUGUCUUUGACAAACAGACCGGUAAGCAGAUCUUCACCGAGGUCAUGGUGCGUGACGACAAAAGCCGCAAGAAGAUGCGGCGUCUGAACAACGGCGUUGGAGUGGCUGGAAGCAAUGCCGGCAGCAGCAGUGUUUCCGCUUCUCACACAGCUGGAAAGGACGAUGCUCGCGUCCAUUUGGUACUCUACUUCCCCGAGCGUGUGGCCCACUACGACUACUGGUUCGUCACGGCCGAGGACAAGGCCCUUGCCCGGCAGCGAGCCUAUGACCGCAAUAUGCAGCGUGCCCAGCGCGGCCUUGCUGCCUGGCACCCUGGCAGCGAUGACCCGGAGACGGGCAUCCUCAUCCGCAACAAGGAGUAG